UCCAACUCCAUUUAAACAUCCUCAAAACGGUAUCGCCAGUUUGCAUCCUAAGCGCUGGCAUUUGGUUCCCGGCUUCCGAAAAAUCAAAGGUUUACCGCUGAACCCACCGACUAUUCCCUCGAUCUAGCAUUUACUUCAAGGUGAACAAAAUAAAACGUUCAUUAUUCUUGACACACACCCAAAGACCGGACCGGCUCAACGGACUUCAAUCAUGUGGGAACAAGACGAUUGCAACUCUUGCGAAGAUCUCACCCUCUGCCACACGAUUUUAUCAGCCUGUGACCACAACCUUGAUGGCCAGACCGAGACGGGUAAAAAGAAGCCCUGCAGAGAUUCGUCAUAUCCUGUUGGUUGCACGCCAGACAAGAUUCUGAAAGAGGACGAAACGUCAGAUCAGAUGAAGUCUGGGAUCAAAGACCAUUCUAGACGCCCUUUAUUCGACUGUAUCAAGCACACAAAGCGUAUCUGGAUAAAAGCCAUCACCCGAUUCCUCGGGACUGGGAACCAAACCCGCCCACGAGAAGCAGCAUCAAAGAGGAACUCCCUCAAAAAAUUGAGGCGACCUGGAGAUCACCGUACCAGUAAAUCGACCUUUCCGAACCAACACCCUUGCCCAGGGUUUAAGGUUCCGCGGGGAGGAAGAGCGUCGCAGGCCUCGCAGUCGGCUAAACCGGUCCAACUCUGGUCACUCACUCAGUCUAUCCGAAAGAGAUUCUCACGUUCCGUAUCCUCCUCGUAUCUCAAGCGCCCCAGGCACAAACCCGAAGAGCAAAGUAGAAAGACAAGCUCUUUGGAAGCUCUCUCAAUGUCGACCAGAUCAUCCGUCAGCUUACCAUUGAAUCGGCCCGAAGAUUCCGGCGAUGAAACCUUAAAAGGGACCCAGGAUUUAACAUCACCCUAUUCGUUACCCAGACUUGAUGCGUUUGAACCAUUCUCAUUCGAACCUACUAACCUCAUUGAGGAAUUGAGCUAGGUCAAUGAAUGAUGGGGUUUUUCUCUGCGUUAUCUCGGUCGCAUGAAUAUAAAUUUUUCAAUUUUUAACGC